CUUGCAAAAGAUUUCCUUCAUCCAAGUCCAGCUGAAGAAAAAAGGAAACACAAGUUAAAAAGGCUUGUACAAAAGCCAAAUAGUUAUUUUAUGGAUGUGAAGUGUCCUGGAUGUUAUGCCAUUAAAACCAUAUUUUCACAUGCACAGAAAUCAGUGGAAUGUGAUGGAUGUCGCACAAUAUUAUGCACAUCUACAGGUGGCAAAGCUCGAUUAACAGAAGGUUGCUCAUUCAGGAGAAAGGUCCAGUGCUAAUGUAACAAUGGUUAAG